AGGCUUAGAACCUGGUGCCCUGGCCUGUGCUGCCCACACCGCGGCCCUUUGGUAGCUGAAUGAGAUGACCCUGCCUUUGGCCGAAUUCGCUGAUAGGAAUGCGAACUGGUGGUUGUGGGGUAACUGCGUCCCUGUUUGCUGAUGGAGGAACAGCUGGCGUAGAGCACCUGCAGACCAGCGACCAGAACGGAGGCCUGGAGCUGGGCGUCCUUUAGACACCCGAGCCCCCGGGCCGGCGGCCACGCCUCUGGCACUAACGAAGAGCUCUGCUUAAGCCGCUUCAGGUGUGCGCCUGCCUCUGGUUCCCCUGCCUGCAGGUGGCCAGGCGGAGCCUGAGAAAAUCAUCCUGUGCGCUGACCCCCUCGGCUAAAGAGGUCAGGGGUCCGGGCCCCAGGCUCGAGCUGGCCACCCUGAUUCACGUGUUGGCUUCGGACAGGGCCCGGACCAGGGCACGCGGGAAGAUGGCCCGGCAGGCUGCGGCAGAGGUCGCUUCAGGCUUUGCAGGAAAACUGGGCUCUUCGGUGUUAGAGCGUUCGCUGUGCGCGUGAGAAAGCAGAGGCAGCUGUCCACUGGGCCUGGUGGCACGAGCAGGUGGUCAGCCCUGCAGCCCUUCCCGCGGUCCUCUCGGGCUGCUCCUGCCCCACCGCACAGUCGUCACGCGCAGAGACUCUUCGCUGCCAUGCCCUCGAUCCGAGACUGGCAUCGAUAACCCCAUAGCCGUACCUUGUCUGAGAAGUUGUAGGUAGUCAUCGCGAACCUCGAGUAAGGAGCUAAGGCUGAGAGCUUCCUGGGUCUCAUGGCAAGCCGUGCGCCCUCCCCCUGGGCUCUGGUGCGCCUCCUCCCGAGCAGGGCCAUGCUCACGUUCAUGGCCUCUGACAGCGAGGAGGAAGUGUGUGACGAGCGGACAUCCUUGAUGUCGGCCGAGAGCCCCUCGCCGCGCUCCUGCCUGGAGGCCCAGCAAGGCGAGGACGGGGAGAGCGCUGCCCAGUGGAGGAGCCAGGAGAGCGAGGAGGACUUCGAGGAUGACCCUGACCGCUACAUCUGCAGUGGGGUCCCCGGGCGGCCCCCAGGCCUGGAGGAGGAGCUGACCUUGAAGUACGGGGCGAAGCAUGUGAUCAUGCUGUUUGUGCCUGUCACACUGUGCAUGAUCGUGGUGGUGGCCACCAUCAAGUCUGUGCGCUUCUACACGGAGAAGAAUGGUCAGCUCAUCUACACACCCUUCACCGAGGACACGGCCUCCGUGGGCCAGCGCCUCCUCAACUCCGUGCUGAACACACUCAUCAUGAUCACCGUCAUCGUGGUCAUGACCAUCUUCCUGGUGGUGCUGUACAAGCACCGCUGCUACAAGUUCAUCCACGGAUGGCUGAUCAUGUCCUCCCUGAUGUUGCUGUUCCUGUUCACCUACAUCUACCUCGGGGAAGUGCUGAAGACCUACAGCGUGGCCAUGGACUACCCCACGCUCUUGCUGACCGUGUGGAACUUCGGUGCGGUGGGCAUGGUGUGCAUCCACUGGAAAGGCCCCCUGCUGCUGCAGCAGGCCUACCUCAUCAUGAUCAGCGCCCUCAUGGCCCUGGUGUUCAUCAAGUACCUCCCGGAGUGGUCCGCCUGGGUCAUCCUGGGCGCCAUCUCCGUGUAUGAUCUCGUGGCCGUGCUGUGUCCCAAAGGGCCAUUGAGGAUGCUGGUGGAGACCGCCCAGGAGAGGAACGAGCCCAUCUUUCCUGCCCUCAUAUACUCCUCCGCCAUGGUGUGGACUGUGGGCAUGGCGAAGCUGGAUCCAUCCUCGCAGGGAGCCCUGCAGCUCCCCUACGACCCGGAGAUGGAAGAAGACUCCUACGACAGUUUUGGGGAGCCCUCGUACCCUGACGUCUUUGAGCCCCCUCUGCCUGGCUACCCCGGGGAGGAGCUGGAGGAAGAGGAGGAAAGAGGUGUGAAGCUUGGCCUGGGCGACUUCAUCUUCUACAGUGUUCUGGUGGGCAAGGCGGCAGCUGCGGGCAACGGGGACUGGAACACCACGCUGGCCUGCUUUGUUGCCAUCCUCAUCGGCCUGUGCCUGACCCUCCUGCUGCUCGCCGUGUUCAGGAAAGCACUGCCCGCGCUCCCCAUCUCCAUCACCUUCGGGCUCAUCUUCUACUUCUCCGCCGACAACCUGGUGCGCCCCUUCAUGGACACCUUGGCCUCCCACCAGCUCUACAUCUGACGGGCACGGCCGGCCGGAGCCCGGGGCAGCUGUGUAGUCUCACACAUUAGUGCCAUAUAUUUUUAACACUUCUUUCCCUGAAAAAAUAAAGAAAAAGAUAUCGUGUUUACUUCGUGACGAGGAAGUAGAAGCCGCUUUUGGUGCUAGCUGUGUUGUCACCAGACUCCGCCUCGCCCACUUGUGCACCUUGGGCCGCUGACAGGACACAGCAAGCUCUUCCGUGUGAGCUGGGAAGGUCGCAUGAUGUGCUGGCUCAGAGCAGGACGCCGGUCCCCCUACCUUCGAGGACUGGAAACCUCGAGGGCACAGGAGGGAAAAGCCCCAGGCACAGGUGCGCUCUGGCCAGAGAGGAAAAUCCAGGUACCCGUCAGGCCCUGCCCAGUGCUUUCUCUGUGGUGUCCUUGUUGUGUUACCUGUAGAAACCGAGUCCUGUUCUCCCUGCUGGGACGUGGCUUCCUGUGAACACCAAUAAAUAGAUUGCUCCUGUGGUGAUACUGGCUGUGGGUCUGUAAGGGCCGUCUGCUCCCUGGGAGAAGCUUCCUGUCCAGGGCUCUGUGGUGCAGGCUGCAGGCCGAGAAGAGCAGGUCCCGCCUCAGUCCCGCAGCGCCAGGCGAUGGCCAGGUCUGUCCACGGCAGGAGAAAGCCACUCUGCUCCGGCGUCACCCGGCACAAUGGAGAGGAGAGAACAGGAGGCUCUGCCCUUCCGCUGCCUGACAGCAGAUGCAGGUAGGGACCCAGGCCCAUCUUCCAGGCGCUGCCAAGGACGCAGGCGUGCGUUUGGUGAUCAGGCACGAGUACUGUGAAGUAAAAGGGCGCUGCCUCUGUGCGGACAGGAGCCCUCUGCCCUGCGUGGUCAGAGGAGCAGAGGCAGCUGGGGAAGCAGUGGGGAGGGGGCAGCCAGCUGAUGAGUCAGAGGCCAGGGGAAGAGGGGUGGGUCACACAGCAGAGUGGAGGGGCUGAAGAGGUGAGGUCACAGCUCUCCGGAGGAUGGGGAAACGCUGUGAAGGUCCACUGGGUAUGGCGAUCUGCAGUGUUGAGUGUUCAGACUGUCAGCUCGAAGAGGACCUGGUGAAAGGCCUGGCCAGGGGCUUCCAGUGCGAGGCAGAGCAGGGUGAGGCAGGGAGACGGGAAGGGGUGCGGGGGGCCUGGUGGCCAGGGCUCAGGUGUUAAGACUGGGAACACAGCGUGUGCAAGGGCCCUGCGGAAGGGAAGAGUCCCGAGGAGCCUCAGCAUUGGGGACCCGGGGCUCAGGGAGACGGGGGCCCCAGAACAUCACCAGAAGAAGGAAGAGGAGUGUAAAAGAUAGAAUUCGGACGCGCGGACACAAGUAGGUCGGCACACCCUCCAUUCUCCCCGUGUCGCCAGUCUGUUACAUCAGUGCCUUCCCAUGUUUGCCACAGAUCUGCUCCUAGAAAUAAAACUUCUGGGUUCUGGAGUCCUGUGUACGGCCCUCUGAUCCUGUUGCCUUCCUCCCUGAUGGAACCCGGGCUGCCCAAGUGGCCCCGUAGUUCGUGUUGCUCAUCUCCCAGACCCCCGUGCACGGUGGGAACACACCUCAGUCCUGACCACUGGGAGGGAAGCGGAAAGCCAGUGGGUCUUUCGGAAAAGCUAUUUCCUGGAUCUGUCUUUUCCUUUUUUAUGCUUGUGGGGGAUACAGACCUGACACUUGGAGGUGUCACAGCCACUUUGUGACUGUGAGGAUAAAUGCCACAGGUACAAGGAGGUUGGGGGCUUGAGGACCUCUUCAGCAGCCGCCCUCACUACCAAAGGCUGCUUGUGUUACAAAGACAAGCCUCACUGUACUCGGGAUUCUGGGACACGCAGCCAGUGCAGUCUAAUUUCUAAUGUGUUGUUGCUCCACACCCUGCUCUCUCAGAUUUACUUCCUUUCCACCAACUGCUGACCAGGGCUGUCUGUGGAGCGGCAGCUCCACUCUGGUGCAACGGUGACAGGGCCCCAGCUGGCCGAGGUGGGGCUGCUCAGGGCUCUUGGGUGAGCAACCUCUCUCGACUGGGCUCAAUUCUUUUCAUUUUGUUCUUUGAGAUGAAAUCUCACUACGUA